UAAUGACAGUUCCUUUGUUCUCAUCCAGUGCUAUGACCUUCCUCAACCUGUGCCACGCACUAAACACGCGUAUUGGCCUAAUUCAGGUAACUCUGACUCAGUUAAGAACUGAUGAACGUCGGCAGCCGUGGUAGGGAAAAAAUAACUGGAAUGAAGUAAGUAGACGAUAUCGAAUUCGAACGUUCAAAUUUUGUAAUUUUUGCUUUCGCGAGAGGUCCGGUUUGCUCUUGAAUAAUCCAUAACCUUGCAUGUUAUCACACCAACAAGUAAUAAAGAUCAACUAUUGAGUAAAACUACGCCUACUUUAACAACAGUAACAAUAAGAUAUAAAAAUAUGAAACCAUAUUAAAUUUAUACAAAAAUAAUCGAAGGAACAAAUACAAAUUUACCGUCCGUGGACAGUAUAUAUUAGAUUUAAAAAAUAAUAAUAUAAAUGACUGGACAAAUUACUCUGUAGUUGCUGAGAAAAUAUACAACGUGUUCUUGUCUAAAAAUACAAAAGAUAACUUGAAGUGAAUCGGAAGCGUAACCUACUCACUAAGGAUACAAAUUAUUUUAACGAUGGAUUCGGUGUUUUACAUACUUCUUCUUACAAUGAAAUUAUUGUCACACAUUGUCCGCCCGUUUCUUUUUGUGGCUUCCAGAGGAAAAAGGCAGAUUUUACCACCUUUAAAAAACGACAUAUUAACAAUUAGUGCAACAGAAUUAGCUGAAAAAAUCAGAAAGAGACAGAUUUCAUCUCAAACAGUUUGUCAAGCUUUUAUAGAUAGGAUCAAGGAAGUGAAUCCUAUUUUAAAUGCUGUAAGUGAAGAAAGAUUUGACCAAGCGUUUUUAGACGCCAAAGAUGUCGAUGAGUUCUUAUCAAGUACAACCUUGACCGAGAAAGAAUUAAAAGAAACGAAACCUCUUCUUGGGCUCCCCUUCACUGUCAAAGAAACUUGUAGUUUAAAAGGCAUGGAACUGUCUGUUGGUAGUUUAUCCCUACUUGGAACUAAAGCACAAGAAGACGGUACAGCAGUCACUAGAAUGAAGUCAGGUGGCGCCAUUCCCUUACUUAUUUCUAAUGCACCUGAACUAUGUUUCUCAUCCGGUAGUGAAAGUAAAACUAAAGGAAAAAUAAAUAAUCCUUAUAACACUACUUAUACCUCUGGGGGUUCAUCCAGUGGAGAGGGAGCACUACUAGGUUCAGGAGCAUCGAUAGUAGGUAUUGGAUCAGAUGUUGGAGGGUCUAUAAGAAUACCAGCAUGUUUUUGUGGGGUUUUUGGACACAAACCUACAGCUAAUACUGUGAAUACAAAAGGUCAUUUUCCAAAAGUCUCAGAUGAUUUAACAAUUAAAUCUUUUUCGGUUAUUGGACCCCUAGUCAGAUAUGCUAAAGAUUUAAAGUUGGUAUUGAAAGUUUUGGUCGAACCUGAAUACAUGCCAAAAUUAAAAUUAGAUGAAGAGGUGGAUUUUACACAAAUAGAAAUUGCCUUCAUGGAAGAUUUUAAUAACGCUGCAUUACCCGGUACUGAUCCUGAUAUAAAACUAGCAAUAGAGACAGCAACAAAUUAUUUAAAGGAAAAUUGUGGUUCAACCAUAACAAAUGAAAAAAUUGAUAAUCUGGCAGAUUCGAUCAGUAUUUCAACGUAUAUGCUUCUCAGUGGAGAGAAAACUGUAGCUGCAUUUGAACAUCCCACACCUUUUUUGGAGUUCCUCAAAAGUUAUUUUGGGUCCUCUGAUUUUUCCACGCAGUUCUCUUAUUCUUUAUUUCAAACCAAUGUACUAACUUCUUUAAUUCACCAUGAUUCAAGCGAAUUGUUAAACAUGCGUGAAAAGAUAUGGAAUUUUUUUGGAGAUAAAAGAAUACUACUGUUUCCAACCUCAUAUUCCUCAGCUAAAAAGCAUGUAGAUUUCUUCUUCAAUUCCAUUGAUGUAGCCUAUACGAUAUUCGCAAAUGCUUGUGGACUACCUGCUACAAAUAUACCUUGUGGGUUAGAUAGGAAUGGGAUGCCAAUUGGUAUUCAAAAGAACACUAGAGGACGUGGGAUCUACGUAGGACAACAUCUAGCUAAAGAAGGAGGCAAAGUAUUUC